AUGUGGAUUCGGAGGUGUAUCCUUCUCCUGCUCGUUUCAGGUGUAAUAUCACAAAAAACAACAAAACGUGCGUUUGCUUUUGUAUUUUCAAUUUUUGUUUCUAGAAGUGGUGGUAACAUCUGCAGAUGAGAAGAAGCGUGAUCCCGAAGGGUUUGCGGCCAUCAAAGAGCUGCAUUCCUUAUUGGACGAUGACAAGUCCGGCUCGAUCGACCGGUCGGAGUCUGCAGACGUAAGCUUGAUGUUGUUGCGUUUUAUUUGUUUUUUAGUUCUUGAAAGAAGAUCUGAAAGUGAUGGGGACUGACAAGACAGUCAGAGAGAACGCGUUCCAUCACAAGACAGACGAAUCCGUGACUGUUGAUGAUCUGUGGGAGAGCUGGUUUGAAUCUCCGGAGCGGGAAUGGACGACUCCAGAAAUGGUAUAUUGGUUGACCAAUGUCGUCAGGUUGCCCCAGUAUGCAGAGCAUUUUGUUAACGCAAAACUGACUGGAAUUGCGUUUCCAAGGUACGGUAAUGUUAACUUUUGGUUACAGUAACUAGUGCUGGGCUGGCGAUUUUGUUCUGGGAGAAGUUACCAUUUUUAGAAAUUUAACUGAGGGUUCACGUUAAACUUCCUUCAAGGAUUUUAAAAACCGAUCCUUUAACGUCUAGUAUUAUAUAAUUCUUACACUUCUCUAAGUAAUUUUAUUUAUUUCUUGUACAACUUUUGUUCUUCAGAAUGGCCGUCCCAAAUAACUCAUACAUAGCUGAAAUGUUGAAGAUCAAGAACUCAGUACACAGACAGAAACUACAGCUGAAAGCCUUAGACGUGGUACUGUUCGGAGUGCAUGAAGGUACAUCGUUAAAAGAUAUUGCUCUCGCCAUCUUGGCAGCUUCCCUCAUCGUCUUGGCAGUUGUGUUUAUAUCUCACAAGAACAAGUCCCAUAAGCAGCUAGAAGAGUUGUCAACACAGCUAAGCGAACUUAACGCCAUGGAGCGGAACUUUGGUGAAGAGAAUACUGAAGACCUGGAGGUGGUGAGUAUAAUAUGAAUCGGAAGCCAUUUUGAGUCGCGCACUUUUUGAAUUGAAAAAAUUUUAAAACUUUGAGAGGGUGCAAAACUAAGUGCACCGGAUUCAUUGAGCGCAAGCCGUGAUGUAAGGAAAAAAGUAAAGUUCUGGCAUAUUGAUGGCCUAAUUCCAAGGAUUACAACGUGUUAUAACAGAUUUAACUAUCAACCAAUUUUCGUAAAAUUUUUUAUGAAAAAAGCAGUGAAAAAUGCCAUUCUUUUCUUUCUAACUCCAAUAAAUUCAAACUUUAUCGUUACAGCUGCAAACAAAGCUACGUGAAAUGGAGCAACAACUGGAUGCUCGUUCUAAUUACGACCCUUCAUCUGUACUAAGUGAUCUUCAACCAUUGCUAAGAGUAACUUACGAGAAAGAGCUGUUCUAUGUUCACGUGAACAAGGUUCAAUGUCUGGAUGAGAUGAAGCAAGCUCGCGAGUACGUGGACAAGAUGAGGAAGAAGCAGUCGAAUCUCUUUAAUUCUAUAAAACUGGCUACCGGAGCUACAAGUGGAACAGACUCGAUCGACUUCAAGAUAUUCAAGCUAAAGUAUGUUGUUUCUUGCACUUGUAUUGCCUGUUUAGGGAACGAAUGGAGAAGAUCCGCAACGAUUUCACUGAACUUCAUAAUAGGUACGCCCAGAUGGAAAACAUAACCGGAAUGCAGAUAAUGGGGCCAACAGGUACGUUAAGAUACGACAGUAAUAAGUAGUUUAAGACGGUCUAUACGAGCAUUCCACUGGAAUUCCGUCCAACAACUCGUCGUCGUAUUUGCCGUCGCUAAUUAGUCAAGGUGGUUAUUAUGUUAUCAAUAGUUUUCAAAAUUCUCCUACUAUCUCCUCGAGAUCUAACUAAAUCGUUACAGGAUCGUUUUAA